UUCACCAAUAUAGUCUUUCUCUCUCUAAAAAAAACAUUUUCUUGAAAGUCUUUCUUCUUCAUGUAACAUUUCUUGAAGAUGAUGAUGAAUCAUUAAUGUUUUCAGACCCAAAUCCUAUCUUUUUUCAUACCCAUGGAUGAGAUUUAACAUCAAAUUACUGGUAGAACUAGAUCAUCGAGAGUGUAAAAGAAAUCAUGGCAGUUACUGAAAACGCUGGGAUCAAUAAUGUUGUUGUUCCUUCUUCUAAUCGUACAGAAUCGAUUGAUCAGAAUUUUCAGAUACAGGACAAAGAAGAGGAGCAGGAGAUUGCUCCGGCUCCGAUGAAUCUAGUUCAGAAUGGGUUCACUAAUCAGGAUCAUCAGAUACUGUCAAAUGAUGAUGUGGGUGGUGAGGGUUUUAAGAGAGAAAUGAGGGAUUUGGAAGAAAUGUUAUCUAAAUUGAAUCCAUUAGCUGAAGAAUUCAUUCCUCCUUCACUAACAAUCAAUCGAUCAGUACCCUUUUCUCCGAUCCAUCUAGCAUAUGCUAAUAAUUACCUAAUUCAACCUGUUCCUGAUGGAAAUAAUCUUCGUCGGAAGAAGAAUAACUAUGCUAAUGGAAAAAGAAGGAUGAACAGCCGCACUAGUGUUGCUCAAAGAGAAGAAGUUAUUAGAAAGACUGUAUAUGUAUCUGAUAUUGAUCAUCAGGUUACUGAAGAACAACUUGCAACACUUUUUCAAACCUGUGGACAGGUUGUGGACUGUCGAGUUUGUGGUGAUCCUAAUUCUAUUUUAAAGUUUGCGUUUGUUGAGUUUACUGAUGAAGAAGGGGCUAGGAAUUCUUUGAGUUUGGCAGGAACUAUGCUUGGUUAUUACCCUGUUAGGGUUCUUCCAUCCAAAACUGCAAUUGCUCCUGUUAAUCAUGCUUAUUUGCCCAGGUCUGAAGAUGAACGGGAGAUGUGUGCAAGGACUGUUUAUUGUACAAACAUUGACAAGAAGGUUACUCAAGGAGAUGUGAAGCUCUUUUUCGAGACUCUAUGUGGAGAGGUUCUUCGAUUGAGGUUAUUGGGAGAUUAUCAGCAUUCAACUCGCAUUGCCUUUGUCGAGUUUAUCAUGGCUGAAAGUGCAAUUGCUGCUCUUAAUUGCAGUGGAGCUGUUCUUGGAUCAUUGCCCAUAAGGGUAAGUCCAUCAAAAACACCAGUCAGACCCCGUGCUCCCCGAUCGCCAAUGCAGUGAGAGUUCUAACCUAUCUUCUGAAGGCCUCGGUUAUUAUUGUUACUACUACUACUAGAUCUUUAUAUAAUAUUUAUAUAUAAAAGUGUUAUAUGAAUGCGUAAUUGGUGAUGGUUAUGUGUAUAGUUGUGUAAGUUAUGCAUACUAUAUUUCAUUACCCAUUUCCGGUAUUCUGUCAUCAAUGUUGGUGCAGAAAUCAUGAGACUUUUGGGUCGAUCGAACCAGGCAGGAUAUAUAGAGUUAUGUUAUGUUGUUUUGAUUGUUUAUGUAGCCUUUGAUGUCGUUUGAACAACAACUAAUUACCCCUUUUGUUGGAUAUGUAAUGCAUUUAGGGUUCUUUUGU